AUGUUGAGCAGCCUUGAGACAGAGACCUUUGUCCCAUUGGUUCUCUCACAGAGCCUCCUGGAGAACGACCUGGUCCAGCGCUGCCUGGCGGCGUGUUGCCUGGAGGUCGCCACGUGCUCGACGCGCCUCCCGAGCGACUUCCCCGCGCUGCUGCGCGUCUUCCGCCUGGCGCCGUACCACUUCUGGAGGGUUGUGGAGAGCGUGGCCUGGACCGGCGACUCGGCGCUGUGGGAGGACGUCCGAGCCGAGGGCCGUCUGCCCACGUGCCAGCAGGUGGUCCCUCCCUCGCGGCUGGAAGUGAACGCUGACGGGAACCCACCGGGAGGCGGAGCCGCUCGAGCGCCUCCUCGCGGGAGCAAACCGCUGCACCUGUUCGCCCGCAAGGUCUACAGCCUGAUGGGGCGGCGUCUCCGGGAGCUGUGCUCCGCGCUGCGCAUCGGCGACGAGCUGCGCCUGCAGAUCUGGACCUGCCUCGAGCACGCGCUGGUCCACUGCACCGCCCUGAUGAGGGACCGCCACCUGGACCAGAUGAUGAUGUGCUCCAUCUACAUCAUGGCGAAGAUCACCAAGAAGGAAAUUCCCUUCAAGGACAUAAUGAAGUGCUACAAGUCUCAGCCGCACGCCGACAAGGGUGUCUGCAAGAACGUGCUGAUUUCAGGAGAUGAGGACAAAUCACAGACUGAGAAUCACAACGGCGGAGGCCACAGCUCUGAGUUCCUCACCCCCAACACCCCGUCGGCCCGUUACCCGGUACCGUCCCCGCAGCAGAGGUCCGACCUGAUCCACUUUUACAACCACGACUACACGGCCAAGAUGCGGGACUUCGCCACGCUCUUCGUUCCGGCCUCGGGGGGCGACACCCCCCCCCCCCCUGUCCCCGUACCCCCAGCCGAGGCCGUCCCCGCGCAGGCACCGGCUGUCCGGCAGCCGCCGCGUCUUCGUGACGUCGCUGACCGGGCGCGAGACGCCGCCGCGCCGCGCCGCCGCCGGCCUGAGCUACGUCUUCAGCUCCACUCCAUCAGAGCGCCUGCGUGAGAUCAACCGCAUGAUCAGAGCGAGCGGCGCCCGGAGGAGGAGCCGCGCGGGCCCGGACGGCGCCGGCCCGCCGGCCCGGAGGCCUCGUCUGGACCGGCGCUCUGCGCGGCACCGGCGGCUCGCCGGCGUCGCCAGCGAGCGCGUCGCCGGGCGCAACCGCGAGCAGGCGCCUCCAGACACAGAGCUGUAGCGAUGAGGCGAGGUCUCACUCUGCUCCUGUUUCUGAAACCAGGACAACGGCGUCGGCCGAUGGAGGAGAGUGUGUCAGGAAUUCCUUUGGGCCAAGUUCUUUGAACCAUCCGCUCAAAGGCUCGUCUACAGUCAGACCAGAUUUAUGUGUGUUUUUGCUCUUGGCUUUGACACCAAGUGUCCUUAAAAAGGACGGUACCAGACAAAGAGAAAGUCUGAAGUGAGUCUGACUGAACCUCAGCUAGAGGUUGUGUGAUGUCUGUUACUCCAGCACUUACUGUGUGAUGAGUUAGUUCUGAUUGACUGGAUUCUGACAGUAUUUUGUUACGCAUUCUAAAACUGUGGAUGUAUUCAUUUUCUUAUGUAAUAAUCCUGACAUUUCAAAUAUUUUAAACAUGUCUAAGCGCGUUAGGACUUUAAGCUCUUGCUGUAAUUUCUCUUUAUUACACUAUGUAUAAGCAUUAGUAUGAACAUAUUCGUCAGAUCAUGACUUAUUUUUACCCGGUUUAACUUUUUGUGAAAUCUAAAGGAUUUAUUAAAUUAAAAUACUAAAAAAUCAGGACACAUUUACAAUAAACAUUUAUCUUAAAAUGUCUUUUUUUGUGUCUUUCUUGUUUUUUCUCAUUUUCUCUUUUAAUAAAACAAGCUUUGCUAGUUAACGCCUCCUCUUUUACUGUUGGUGGCUAUUGAAGUACAAUUUCCUGUACAGUAAGUAUGAAUCAUAAAAACAAAGUUCCAGCACAUCCAUUGUGUAGAUGUUGGUCACCAUAGCAACCGUGUGAGUGACACACAGCCUCCCGUUGGUGUUUAUCAGUAACCAUGUUGUGGUUAAUCCUCCACCAUCGUUGCUCAGGCGAUCAUUACUAAAGGGCCCGGACGCACCAGGAAGUCUGAGCGUUGCCACGGAGACCUGGGGCGAGUGAGGUCCGAGCGCAGGUACGGAACGGGCUUUGAGGCGCUUAAAGGCUCUGCACCCCGCUGGACUCAGUAGACUCUAUCAAGACAUGGGCUGCAGCACGAGUCGGGACACCACGGCGGUGGACACGUCCGAGAGGCCGGAGGAGAGGCCGAAAAGUGCUGCUUCCGCCCAGGAGACGCCGGUGGAGGAAACCGACGGAUUCGCGAGCAAAGACGCGGGGAGCGUCCGGGAGGCGGACGACUCCAGCUGAGAGAAAGAAGCAGGAUUCAUCCAAACUCCUUCCCUACAUUCAGAUUGGCCUGUCCUCGCUGAAGGAGGGCCUGUCAGGAGGAGGCGACGCUGCACUACUGUCCGUCAACCCGGACCGGCUGCACUCACACUCACACACUCACACACUCACAAUAAUGAAACACAUGCCCUUGUCAAAAAGCUCCAGCUCACAUGUUCAUAACCCAGAAGCUUUUUUAUAAUAAAUGCUGUGUAUGCUGUU